AAAGUACUAAUUUGUUCCAUAUAAGUCACAAUGCCUAGAAGAGCAGGUGUAAAGCACACAACAGGAACUAAGUCAAAGCAGGAGAGCAAAUCUCAAUGGUGCAAAAAAAAAAAAACUGGAAAAAGGAAAAUUGAUAAUGGAGAUAUUAAGGAGUCAGAGAAAGAGGUAAGACAUUCAACCAAACAAAUGAAGAAAAAAUCAGAGAAUCCAGGACAACCUUUGCAAGAAACUGGGAAAAACGUAAAUAUGAAAAAGAAAACCCUCAAAAAUAAAGUAACAUGGCAACCUCUUUCAAAAGACAAUAAAGAAUAUUUUGAGGCUAUGAUGGAUUCUAUGAUACAAUCUAUUUUGAGAGCUGAAGUAAAAGAAAAGGAAAGCACUCAAAUUCAUCUUAACUGCUUAAAGGAAAGAUUUCUUCAGUUGUGUGAAACCCAUAAAGUCUCUCUGGGAGAGUGGAACAGUCUAAAGGAAGUGUCAAAUCUCUGUCUGAAGGAAAUGGAGACUCUUGAGGCCAAUGAAGAAGACCUGGCGUUAUUGCAGGAAGAAGCUGAAAAAGCAGUGAAAGCCACAGAAUUAAUAAAUGAGAACAUUCAGAACCUUCAGGAUAAAAUUCGGAUUCUUGAGAGUGAAUUGGAAGAGGAAGAGGAGAAGUCUAAACAGGUGCUUCAGAUAGAUGGUACCAAGGCCCUUUCUCUUCCAGAACUCCCCAAGAAAAGUAUUAAAGCCCCAAUACUCCAUGAGGAAAUUUUGAAGAGGAUCCCAAAUCAGAAAGAUAUUCUAAAGGAUCUGAAUGUCAUGAGUAAUUCAACAGAGAUGAAGAACAUAUCUUUCUGA